AUCCCGCCAGUGGCGGAGGCCAAUGGAGGACCGCGAAAUGAGACGGGGCGGGGAGGACGGCCGCCGUUUGCCCAACCCGAAGCGCAAGAGGUAGCUGGGGCGUGAAUUUUCUGGAAGGCGACUUUGAAGGCCGCGGGCCGGAGCGAAGGGCUAGUCGGAGAGGGCGCCUUGGUGGUGGCCGGAAGCGAGCGGCGUCGAGGUCGUCGCGGAACCAGCCGGUGACCCCCGCAGGAUGAACCACAAGAGCAAGAAGCGCAUCCGCGAGGCCAAGCGGAGCGCGCGGCCGGAACUCAAGGAUUCGCUCGACUGGACCCGGCACAACUACUACGAGAGCUUCCCGCUGAGCCCCGCGGCGGUGCCGGAUAACGUGGAGCGGGCCGAUGCCUUACAGCUGUCGGUGGAAGAAUUUGUGGAGCGGUAUGAAAGGCCUUACAAGCCCGUGGUACUGCUGAAUGCACAAGAGGGCUGGUCUGCGCAGGAGAAAUGGACUCUGGAGCGCCUCAAAAGGAAAUACCGGAAUCAGAAGUUCAAGUGUGGGGAGGACAACGAUGGCUACUCGGUGAAGAUGAAGAUGAAGUACUACAUCGAGUACAUGGAGAGCACUCGGGACGACAGUCCCCUUUACAUCUUUGACAGCAGUUACGGUGAACACCCCAAGAGAAGGAAACUUUUGGAGGACUACAAGGUGCCCAAGUUUUUCACCGAUGAUCUUUUCCAGUACGCAGGGGAGAAGCGCAGGCCGCCUUAUAGGUGGUUUGUGAUGGGGCCGCCACGUUCUGGAACUGGGAUUCACAUUGACCCUCUGGGAACCAGUGCCUGGAAUGCCUUAGUUCAGGGCCACAAGCGUUGGUGCCUCUUCCCAACAAGCACUCCCCGAGAGCUCAUCAAGGUGACCCGAGAAGAAGGAGGGAACCAGCAGGAUGAAGCGAUUACCUGGUUUAAUGUUAUUUAUCCCCGGACACAACUUCCUACCUGGCCACCUGAAUUCAAACCCCUGGAAAUCUUACAAAAACCAGGAGAGACUGUCUUUGUACCAGGAGGCUGGUGGCAUGUCGUUCUCAAUCUCGACACCACCAUUGCCAUCACCCAGAACUUUGCCAGCAGUACCAACUUCCCUGUUGUGUGGCACAAGACGGUAAGAGGGAGACCAAAGUUAUCGAGGAAGUGGUAUAGGAUCUUGAAGCAGGAGCACCCUGAGCUGGCAGUCCUGGCUGACGCCGUUGACCUCCAGGAGUCCACAGGCAUCGCCUCUGACAGCUCCAGUGACUCCUCCAGCUCCUCCAGCUCCAGUUCAUCUGACUCAGACUCAGAGUGUGAGUCUGGGUCUGAAGGUGAUGGGACAGCACAUCGUAGGAAGAAGAGGAGGACAUGCAGCAUGGUGGGAAAUGGGGACACCACCUCUCAGGAUGACUGCGUGAGCAAAGAGCGCAGCUCCUCCAGGAUUAGGGACACUUGUGGAGGCCGGGCUCAUCCCUGAGCAAGUAAAGAGACACCCCGAGGUGGCUCCUUGUGAGCUGUUGGCAGCACCCACCUCAGUUCUCACGUCUUCUGCUCGUACCUUCUCUUCUGUCUUUGACUGUGGAUCUUCCCUCUCUGGCCAAAGUUCCUGUCAGAUGCUGGUCUUAUUGCUCCUUGAGACUAGAUUCUCCAGAAGUGUACAAGCUCAGCCAGCUCAGUGACUCAGACUAAUGUGAUGAUGGGUAAGAAGGUUCUGUGCUGUCUCGUUCAUACGCAUGCUGCUCGACCCCAAGGCUGUAGGGGUGUGUUCAUUUCAGCAUUUUGCUGUGCUUGUCACCUCCCUGCUGUUGGUAAGGAACUGCUCUGUGUCAAAGCUGAGAGUGGUGAGUGGCUUUGAUCUGUGUGACCCACCCCUGUGUAAGAAGCUGCUUCCUGGACUUCACUGCUGGUUCAGAGCUGCAUUCAGGUAGUGAGCCAGCUGCCCUGCGCCAUCACCUAUUCUUGGUACCAUCGUAGGGUUCCUCCUCAUUCUGCACAAUCAGGAAGGCUGUGAAGUCUUGGGGUAGUGUACUUUGGGGGCAGUAGGUGACAUGCUGGGGUCUUGGUAGAGGUGUUCCUGGUGUUUGCAUCUUGGAACUUGAGUUAUAGAUAGGACAGGACAGGACCUGAUGGGUCUCUUCCUUGUCAAGGGGAUGGCUGUGACCAGUGUCCCUGAGCAUUAAGGGUGGCUUGUGUUACAUAUAGGAGAGAAUGUCCAGGGUCUGAGGGAUCUUCUGAACAGCUCUGGUAGGGUUUGGGGAUUGACCAGAAGGUCCCUUUCUUGCCCUCCAGAUUCACCUGCUUGCCUUAAUAUGUCCCUAUAUCCACGGAAAUUUCGAUCAGUAGAGGGGGCUUAUCCCCAGUCACACUUAACUGCUGUCUGGGGAUCAUCUGAGAAUGCAUUGGAACACCCCCAAGACAGGGAUGACCAGGGGACUUCAAGGUCCAGCUGUUAGGUUUGUUGUCAGGCUGUGCCCUUACUCUAAGGAGACUGGCUUGAAAUCCCGACUGAGCUGUGGCUGGCUGGGCAGAAGAAGCCCUCCUUUUUUGCAAGGACAGCAUUCGGAACCCCUCACUACUGGGGGCUGUUCUUCCCUUUAGCAGCAGCUCCCCCUGGUCCAGUAGGUCAAGUCGAACCCUGGAUAUAAAAUCUCUAGUGAUAUCCAGAUGGCUUUAUCUUAGUUUCUGUAGCCCCAGCUGUCCUGGAACUCACUAUGUAGACCAGGCUGGGCUUGAACUUACAGAGAUCCGCCUGCCUCUGCCUGGGAUUAAAGGCGUGCGCCACCACGCCCCUCAGCUUUAUCAUUUUAGAGGCUCUUGCUGUCUUCAGAAAGCCUCUUUCCCAGGAUUGUUACUGGGAUGUCUCACCCUUUCCAACUGCUCCUCUCCCAACCCGUUUAAAACCAGAAGCAGGGCCGUGAGGGUGGCUCAGUGGGCCAAGGCGCUUGUUGCCAAACCUAAAGACGUGAGUUCUAGCCUCAGAACUCACAUGGUAGAAGAGAACCGAAAACUGUCCUCUGAUCACAUACCCUGGCAUGAAUGCCCCCGCACAAAUAAAGCAAAUAAACAUAAAAGAAUUACUAAGACGGGAAGCAAGCUGAGCAGGGGGUGCGUGCCAUUAGUCCAGACACUGACAGCCAGGGUGGGAGGAGCGUUUGAACUCAGGAUUCCAACACUAGCCAGGACAACAGAGCAAGACCUUGUCUCAAAAGCAAAUGCAGAUCUGUAAUCCCAUUAUUUGGGAGGUGUAGGCAGGGGGAUCAGGAGCCCAAGGCCAGCCUGGGCUGCAUAAGACCUUGUUUCAAAUCAACAAAAAGUCAAGUUCAGAAAUUGAAAUAAAGCAAGAAGCAAUCAAGGAAGACCGCUCAUUACCACCCAGGGGCCUGGUGAGGCACCUUGCCAGGUGGCCCCCCCACCUGCUAGAGGAACCUCCAGGUUGCUAAACUCUGUCAAGAAAGAGACCUGGCCACCCACCGGCCAGUGUCUCUUCUGAAAGCAGCUGAACAGUGCAGACUGCACGUUGUUGCCACCCCACAGAUAACUGCAUGGUAUAUUCUAGCCAGGCCAGGUGUUCAGCACCACUGUCCCUGCUUACUAGAGGUCCUUGCAGACACAGCAGCGCUCCAUUGGGGCAGCAGGACAGAGACAAGGGGAGGGGCCGUGGCCAAGGUGUAGAGUGGUGCCCGGUGGUCAGUCAAGGUGGGAGGUUGGGGCUAAGGGUGCCCACCCCAUUACUGUUCCCUCCCACCUGGUACAGUGGGACUAAGGGUGCCCACCCCUGUUCCUGUUACCUCUCACCUGGUGCAGUGGGGAUGGUGUCAACAGAGAGGGGAAGGAUUCACAUUUGCUGUGUGUGCAGCUGCCUGUCCCUAUUAAUUCAAGCAUUGAGCAAAACUCCAGUACCUGUGUCCAUCAGGGACAGGCCUGCCCUUGACUGCAUGAAGGUCAGUGGGCAGUGGCUGCUGCUGUUCACAAGGAAACUGUUCAGGUAGGAGACUUGAAAGUGCAUUUCCACAGCCAAAAAUAAGUGCAGUCCUCCCCAGAUACACGUUUGUUAGAUCUAAGGACAUGAGGAACAGCCUGGCAAUGUGAAUUGGCAUAUGGUGUCUUUAGAAGUUGAAGGGGCUUGCAUUUAGAAUUGGAGGCAGUCACUGGUACCAGUGCUUUUUCUACACUUACAGGCCUUGAGCUUCGAGCUUUAGACAAGAGAAGGAUGGAACAGAAAAGUACAGCCAAUGGAAAGGUGUGAUGUAGGAGUUAGGUGUGUGAGGACGCAGCUGUAGGUUCCUUAGCUUGUGUUGUGUAGCUUUUCCAGAGUUCAGGGCGGAGUCUGGCUCCUCCUGACCUGCCCCGCCCUCCCCUUCCUAACCCAUGUGUCAAGAUGUUACAUUGCUGUUACUACAUGUUUCUAGCAUGAAAGUGGGGUCCCCACCUGGUGGCUCUCAACUUGGUCUCAUUGUUAAUUCAAGAACUUGAACCACACAGCCCCCAGGAAUCUCCCUAGCAGGGAUGUACCAUAGCUUGCUGACUCCAUGGUGGCUAGAUGCCACAGAAGAACCAGGCUGUGCCCUGAGUACCCCGGCCUCUUGUAGUUGUCAGAACACCAAGAGGUCUAGGGCCCUGCGUCCCACUCACUGUGAGCUCUGUCACAAAAUGCCUGUGGGUCUGCCAUUGGGUUGGUGUUUUUUAACUCUUGGAUAAAACUUCUUCAUAAUUUUGAAUAAAGCAAGUGGAUUUGGAAUUGUGGUUU